CAAUAGAGCUCUUUUUCUUUUCCUCUCGUGCAAGACAAACACAUAAAUCGUUAAUUCAAUCUCUUCUCAGAGAAUCUUAAGUCUCCGAUUCCAAAUUCCGGCGAAAAAAUGGUGAGGGAUAUUGAAGACGAGAUCAGAGACGAGAAGAAUCCUCGCCCCCUUGACGAAGACGAUAUCGCUCUCCUUAAGACUUAUGGGUUAGGGCCUUACUCUGCACCUAUCAAGAAAGCUGAGAAAGAAAUUAAAGAUCUAGCUAAGAAGAUCAACGAUCUAUGUGGUAUCAAGGAGUCUGAUACUGGUUUAGCUCCUCCCAGUCAAUGGGAUCUUGUAUCUGAUAAGCAAAUGAUGCAAGAGGAGCAACCUCUUCAGGUUGCGAGAUGCACAAAGAUUAUAAGUCCAAACACUGAAGACGCCAAAUACGUUAUCAAUGUCAAACAAAUUGCUAAGUUUGUUGUUGGACUUGGCGAUAAAGUUUCUCCCACUGAUAUUGAAGAAGGCAUGCGUGUGGGAGUUGAUCGGAAUAAAUAUCAGAUACAGAUCCCUCUACCUCCGAAAAUCGAUCCUAGUGUGACCAUGAUGACAGUCGAAGAGAAACCUGAUGUAACUUACAAUGAUGUUGGUGGCUGCAAGGAGCAGAUUGAAAAGAUGCGAGAGGUUGUUGAACUGCCAAUGCUUCAUCCAGAGAAAUUUGUGAAGCUUGGAAUAGAUCCUCCCAAGGGUGUUCUCUGCUACGGUCCUCCUGGUACCGGUAAAACUCUUCUGGCUAGAGCUGUGGCCAAUAGAACCGAUGCUUGCUUUAUCAGGGUUAUUGGCAGUGAGCUUGUUCAGAAGUAUGUUGGGGAAGGAGCUAGGAUGGUUCGUGAACUGUUUCAGAUGGCACGGUCCAAGAAAGCUUGCAUUGUGUUCUUUGACGAAGUUGAUGCCAUUGGUGGUGCAAGAUUUGAUGACGGUGUAGGUGGUGAUAAUGAAGUCCAACGUACUAUGCUUGAGAUUGUGAAUCAGCUUGAUGGAUUCGACGCACGUGGUAACAUCAAGGUUCUUAUGGCAACAAACAGGCCUGACACACUUGACCCUGCUCUUUUACGUCCUGGACGUCUUGACCGUAAGGUUGAGUUUGGUCUUCCUGAUCUGGAGAGCAGAACACAGAUCUUCAAGAUUCACACACGAACCAUGAACUGCGAAAGAGACAUCCGUUUCGAACUCCUUGCUCGCCUCUGCCCAAACUCAACUGGAGCUGACAUCAGAAGUGUAUGCACUGAAGCUGGAAUGUACGCAAUCAGAGCUAGGAGAAAGACUGUAACUGAGAAAGACUUUCUGGACGCAGUAAACAAAGUCAUCAAAGGUUACCAAAAGUUCAGUGCCACUCCCAAGUACAUGGUCUACAAUUAGAGAGAGAGAGAGAGAGAUCGAAGUCGUAUUUGCUUCAUCACAAGGCUCCUAAAGCAAAACUCAGAAACACUCUUUGUUCUUUGUGUCUCUCCCCUUCAUUCUCUUUUGCAGUACUUUGUUUACUUCUUGUUCCAGUAACUCGGAUAUUUUCAAAUUUCAGUGUCAGAUACUUUUGGAUUCCAUAAAUUCUUUGUUAAGUUGGUC